UUUACACUGAAGAUCUUCUGGACUGAGUUCAGUUCAUAUCAGAGCUCAGACGGAGCUGGACCUCACUGACUUUUAGUUUAGCUUAACGAGCCUUUACCGACACAAUAACCCGUUAAACUGCCGGUACCGGGCGGACGGUUAACACACUUUUCUGCCCAGAAACAGUCGACACCGUCGGUCACCGGAACGGAGACAUCCGGGAGAUGAAAACGUUGUAGAGCGGCCGGUAACUUUGAUGAUGUGUGUACCUGCACUGAUGGAGACGCUCUGAGGGUGACAGUGGGAAAGUCCUCACCCUUCCUCCUCCCCUGAAGGCUGCACAGAUGUUUUCGCUUGGUCAGGAAAACAUCUCCACCUCCCCUGCUUCCACCAAAGGACCGGUCAAAUAUGGAGAGCUCAUUGUGCUGGGGUGUAACGGCUCUCUGCCCAAUGGUGACAAGGGGAGGCGGAAAAGUCGUUUCGCUCUGUGUCGCAGAAACAAGGCCAAUGGUGUGAAACCCAGCACUGUCCACUCAUCGUGCACACCUCAGGCUGCCAAGGCGAUAAGCAACAAGGAGCAGCACAGUAUUUCGUACACUCUGUCCCGGGCACAGACGAUAGUGGUGGAAUACACCCACGAUGGCAACACAGACAUGUUCCAGAUUGGACGCUCUACGGAGAAUCCCAUCGACUUUGUGGUGACAGACACGGUACCCGGUGGUCAGAGCCAUGCUGAUGGACAGACAGUUCAGAGCACCAUCUCCCGCUUCGCCUGCCGCAUCAUCUGCCAAAGAACCCCACCUUACUCUGCACGGAUCUAUGCCGCAGGCUUCGACGCCUCCAAGAACAUCUUCCUUGGGGAGAAGGCGGCCAAGUGGAGGAUGCAGGACGGUCAAAUGGACGGACUGACCACCAACGGCGUUCUGGUGAUGCACCCGCGCCAAGGCUUCAGCCAGAACUCAAAACCUGGCCUGUGGAGGGAAAUCUCAGUCUGUGGGAACGUCUUCAUGCUGCGGGAAACCCGAUCAUCUCAGCAGAGGGGCAAAAUGGUGGACUCUGAGUGUAACGAGCUGGUGGAUGGAUCGCUUAUCGACCUGUGCGGUGCCACCCUGCUGUGGCGGACAGCUGAGGGCCUGGCGCACACGCCCACCGUCAAACACCUGGAGGCUCUGCGACAGGAGCUGAAUGCCGGGCGGCCACAGUGUCCUGUGGGCUUCAACACGCUGGCCUUCCCUAGCCUUCGCCGCAAAGACGUCCUGGACGAGAAGCAGCCCUGGGCUUACCUGCGCUGCGGUCAUGUGCAUGGCUACCAUGGCUGGGGGGGUCGUCGUAACCCCGAGGUGGAGGCGGAGUGUCAGGAGAGAGAGUGCCCCAUGUGCCGGGCGCGGGGCCCCUAUGUACCGCUGUGGCUGGGCUGUGAGGCGGGCUUCUACGUGGAUGCGGAGCCUCCCACCCACGCCUUCGUCCCCUGCGGUCACGUCUGCUCGGAGAAGACGACGGCGUACUGGAGUGAGAUCUCGCUGCCGCACGGCACACACACCUUCCACGCCGCCUGCCCAUUCUGCAUCCAGCCGCUGAGCGGAGAGACCGGCUGCAUCAGACUCAUCUUCCAAAGCCCGCUGGACUAGAAACCACUUUGUAUCUCAAGCCUAUCUCACCAGCAGGACAACAUGCUUUGAGUGUUGGAAUCUUCAUAACUUAAUUUUUUUUAUAACUUAAUUUAACUUAAUUUUGAUCAGUAUAGAUAGAUAGAUUCAUUUAUUGGGCUGAUGCCUGCCUCUUGUUUAUGAAUAUCAGAUUCAUGCGGUGUCGUCCUCCUCUCAAGUGGUGAAAGUUCUUCCCUGGACACAUCUGCACGAUGGUUGAUUUGCCUUAAACUUUUUAUUUAUUCUGUCACCUCUUCAGUAAUGUUUUUUGUAAAUCAAUGCAGAACUUAACAGCUGUAAUUUUUCUCAGAUAUUCCUUGAAACAGCUGAUUUUAUUCUGCCUUAAAGAGGCGAUAACACAAAGACUUGAUCUUCAGUCGAGAGUUUCAUUGUCUACCUUUUGUUUUUAAGGGCUUUUCUGUGGAAAACAGAGUUUUAACCAGGAAAAUGUAAAAGAAAUAUUCAACAUUUAGUGAUCGUAACAUAUUUCUAUAUUUGAAUUUUUCUUUGAAAUCAAGUGACCUUCCUCUGUAAUGCUGUUGCCUCUCUGAACACAGAAUAACUGUUUUUUUAUUGAUCUUAAUACAAGCUUUGUAUCAUAACGUAACAAUUUCUGGGGAAACUUUUUAAACACACACAUCCAGACUGAAUGUAAUUUUUUUUUACAAUAAACCAGCAUUGCUCAGUAGUUACAUGAAGAAAAAACACUCAUGACAAACUGUCCCGUCAGACGAUGCAUGUUCUGCCAAAGUGCUCUUAAAGGAAUACUUCUUCACCCCAAAAUGAAAAUUCAGUCACUGCUCUUGAACACAUACAUGCAGAAUAAUAAAAAAAAAAUCAACAACCCCUGACCAAAUUAGCAUGAUGUUACUAGAAGAGUGAUGAUGCUGACCUUUCCUCUAGCGCCAACAUGAGGCCAGCCCUCCCAUUUGUAAAUAAAGAUUGUGGAGUUUCCUUCAAAUUUCACACUGUUUUGAUUAAAGUUACCUCUUGUACCAUCCUCAUAACAUACAGCAUUAUUUAUUUAUGUUUUAUUUAAAAAGGGUAGACACAGUACACAUAGAUUAACUGAAAACAGCCGCUCGGUGCAGGUAUCAUAGUGUUUAUAGUGGAUACACUCGUCCCUACAAAGGCUUUUAUGAAAAUAAAAGUGGGGCAAGAUACAAUAAACCAGACAUGAGUACAGGUUUGCUGAAUUAACCAGGUUUUGGUAGCUCUCUUAAAAGUACAAGUGAUUUGGUAACAAGUUCCAGAAAAAGCUGUCUGAGCAAAACACAUUUUGCAGAAGCUGACAUUUUUCUCUGGAGGAUCUGCUGCAGCUCUGUAAUCUCUCGAUGUGUUUGCACAAAGGAUGAGCUGAGGACAUUUAAAUGUUCAAACAUUUUGCUUUGCAUAAUGGAAAAUCAAUAAAGGUUGCAAAAGUUA